AUGGCGCAGUUUGGAGCAACGUUUGUUCCCGGAGGCUACGAUGACUAUUCCAUGCCCGAAGUCGUUGCGCCCGCCCCGCAAAGGGUAAUGCCCGAGGUGCCCCAGAACAUGCAAGAAGAUAUCCAGCGCAUGGAACUCGAAGCUCACGACGCUGCACCAAACCAAGACGGCAAGACGACGACGGACAGUGAGGAGGCUAAGGACUUCAAACCUUUCCAGACCAGUACCGCCGAUUCCGCCGACAUGGACGCGCCGUCCUUCUCCCCGUUCCCCAAGGUCAAGGGCGAAAACAUCCCGCCCAGCGACGAAGAGAAGGAACAGAUUCUGUGGCAAGCCCGUAACCUCGUCCUCCACUCUAACAACGUGUCGAUGCAAGUAACAUGGGCCCGCGACACUCUCAUCUGGGUCGAAAUCGCCCAAGACGCCGUCACACGAGAAUGGAAGCGAGACGGCAAGAACAAGGAGCGGCCCUCCACCCCCAAAACCGAGCACGAGCUGCGUGUCGACGCAGUCAACAUCCUCGAUUACCUUGCCCAGCAAGACCACCCCGAGGCCACCUUUAUGAAAGGAAAAUGGCUCGAGUUUGGCAAAUUCGGGUUCCGUGAGAACAAGCGCGAGGCAUAUUCGAUGUACAAAAAGGCCGCCGAGAUAGGAUAUGGACGGGCCGAGUACCGGAUGGGCAUGCUGUACGAGAACUCCAACGACAUCCCCAACGCACUCAAGCACUACACGUUGGGCGCCCAGCUCGGCGACUCAGCUUCUAACUACCGCCUCGGCAUGAUGCAUCUCAUGGGACAGCACGGAUACCACAAGGACUACAUGCGGGGACUGGAGAUGGUCCAACAGGCCGCGGACACAGCGGAUGAGGAUGCGCCGCAAGGGGCCUACGUAUACGGCAUGCUCAUUGCCCGAGAGCUGCCCGACAUCACCAUGCCUGAUCAUGUCCUCCCGUGUGACUAUGCGGUCGCUCGGCAGUACAUUGAGAAGGCGGCUUAUCUCUCCUUUGCCAAGGCGCAAUUGAAGAUGGGCCAAGCAUACGAGCUCAGCCAACUUGGGUGCGACUUCAACCCUGCCUACUCGCUUCACUACUACGGUCUUGCAGCACGGCAGGGCCAACCCGAGGCGUCACUUGGCGUGAGCCGUUGGUUCCUCUUCGGCUACGAGGACCUCUUCCCCAAGAACGAGCAGCUGGCCUACAAGUAUGCCAUGGACGCCGCCCAGUCGGGGUUGGCGACCGGCGAGUUUGCCAUGGGGUACUACCACGAAAUUGGUAUCCACGUCCCCAAGGACAUUCGAGAGGCGCGGAAGUGGUAUGAGCUGGCGGCCGACCAUGGCAACAAGGAUGCACGGGACAGAAUCGACUCCCUCAGCCAGUCUAGGACACUGACCAAAGCUGACCACGAGACAACCACUCUUACUCGCAUCAAGUCGCAGCACGGCUCUCAGCGCGGGAAGCGUCCGGACCGGUUCGCCAAGCAAAACAACAUCAUGCCUACUCUCAGCGAGGGCGACCAGAACAACAAAGGGCGUAACUUAAUAGCUAAUGAUAUAGCAGCCGGUAUUCAAUUCCCCGAUCCGUCUCCCAGGCCGCCUGCUUUCACUUUGAAUCUCGACAACAACGACCCUUCUAUGCGACCCAAGUCGAGUGCCCCAUAUCCCGAAGACGACGUCAGGGGCCCGCAACUUCAUCCCGGUCCUCGCGUUCCAGUCAAUGCUGGACCCCACGCAGACCGUCCGGGGAGUGCCUUUGGCAUUCGCCCACUCUCUUCUGGCGGUCCUGGGCCAGGCCGACCGGUGUCGAGUCAAGGUGUCAUGGGCGGGUACGGCCCUGGAGGUCCUGGUCCCGGCGGCCAGUGGCAGCAACAACCGCCUCACCCGCAGCAAGGGCGUGGCGCUGGUAUCAUCCCUGCCGGUAUGCCAGUCGGCGACCCAACCCGUACACGACUUCAAAAAUCCAACCCCAACUAUCCGCCCGACCACCGAGGACCGCCGCCAGGCCAGUAUCCUGGGGGUGGAGGUUACGGUCCUGGGCCUGGCCCCCAGCAACCAGGGCGGGAGUAUGGACGACCUGGAAGUUCCCACAACCGCCCGCCCAACGACAACUUCGGUCCCGGCCCCGGUGGACCGUACGACCGGCAAAGUGUUCUUCCACCCGGUGGGCCCGGCCGUAUGCCUGCGGCAGCAGCAAGUCAGCCUAACCUCCGUCCACAUGGCGGACCCGGAGGUCCCGGACCAGGUGGGCGACCGAUCUCGCAUGUUGAGCCCGGUCCAGCCGGCCGCGCUAGCGCACCCCCUGCGCAGCCGAACGCUCGCCCUGGUCCAGCAGGCGCGACGCCGAGCCCUGGCCCCGCGGCGGCUGCGCAACGGCCACCCCCCAAGACAAAUACUGGGAAUUUGAGUCAUCCCGACGGCAAGACUAUGGGUCAGGGGCCCGCUACCUUCGAGGAGAUGGGGAUUCCGCAGGGUAAGGCCGAGGGUGAUUGUGUAAGUUCCAUUUUCCUGGUUCUAUUAUCUCAGUGA